AUGUCGUCCCCUACGAACGGGAAGGGGAAAGACAAGGUGGAGAGGAAGAAGCGCGUGUUAAUUGUUGGAGCUGGUGCUGCAGGAAUGUCAUGUGCCCACCACCUCGCACAGCACCCAGACAAAUUCGACAUCACCCUCGUCGACGCAGUCGACUACUGCGGCGGCCAAGCCUUCACCAUCGACAUCGACAAAGAGAAGCAUGGCGCGAGCUGGCUGAACCAAGGCGUCCAGGGCGGGAGUUACAUAUUCCACCACACGAUGACCAUGUUCGCGCGACAAGGACACCACGCCGACCCAGUCGAACUCCAAGUCUCCUUCGGCAAAGACGAAACCUUCUGGACCAACGUCUUCCCGACCGAGCUGCUCGCAAAGCACCAGAAAGAAAUCAAGCGCUUCGCGUGGAUGCUUCGCAUCGUGAGGCGUCUUGAGCUUGUCUUUGCGUUACUGCCGAUAAAGUACCUCCUGAAGCUGUUCUUCUUCUCGUCCGAGUUUACGAACACUAUUGUCCUCCCUAUGGUCGCUCUAUUCCUCGGCACGGGGAAUGCAACUCCGGAGGUCCCGAGUAUCAUCGUGGAGCGCCUCUGCACGAGUCCGACAUACGGAAUGUGGUACCCGCCCGACGAGCUGAGCGUCGCGAGCAACCUACCGCCCAUGGUCGUGUUUCCGAGGUUUGGGUCGUUCUACGAGGCGUGGAGACGGGAUUUGGUGGGUAGGGGGGUUAAGGUGAGGUUGUCGACUGAGGUCACGGGGGUGGUGAAGAGGGAUAAAACGGGUGUGACGGUGAGGACGGUGAAGAGGACGCCCGCGAAGGACGGGCAUAACCCGAAUAGUGCGUGGGUGCCUCACGAUGCGGAGAGUAAUGCGGAUGCGGGCGCGAAGGAGGUCGAGGAGGAGUAUGAUGAGUUGGUGCUUUGUGUGCUUGCUGACACCGCCAAACGUAUCCUCUCCCGCACCUCCUCAUUCCGCGAGCGCAAAGUCCUCGGCGCCGCCAAAUUCUCCGACGACAUAACCGUCACCCAUACCGACGCCGCCUACAUGAAAAAGCACUACACCAACACCUUCACCUCCUCCGUCCCGACCCUCUCCGGCGUCUCCCAAUCCACGCGCAACGCCUUCGGCUCCACCUCCUUCAAACCCAUGUACCUCAUAAAGACCUACCCCUCCUCCCGCUCCAAACUCGAAAUGUGCUUCGACUGCACAAACUACCAGUCCCAGUUCCCCCCCUCCGUCCCCUUCGAAAACCACGUCUUCCAGACAAUCUUCCUCAACAAGUCCCGCGACUCCCACCUCUGGACCAUCGACGACAUCGCGCCCGACAAGGUCAUCCGCAGGGACUGGUGGCACCAGCUCUGCCACUCCUGGACCCACUACCUCUUCGUCGUGCCCUUCGUCUUCCUGCUCCAGGGGCGCAGGCGUACGCGCUUCGCGGGCGCGUGGACCCUCGUGAAUGCGCAUGAGGUCGCGGUGAUUAGCGGGAUUGCGGCGGCGGUGGAUCUGGGGGCGAGGUAUCCGGAGGAUUUGGAGAGGGAUGGGUUUGCGUUGUUGUGCUUUCGGUUGUAUUAUCUGCUAGCGUAUGGGAAGUGGUAUAAGAGGAGAUUGGGAAAGGGGGAGAGGGAGGGGGAGGGGAAGGAUUGGGGCAGUGGGGUUUAUGGGAGUGUGUAUGGGGGGCCGGGGGUUAGUGGGAGGGAGAGGUUGACUUGGAGGGAGGAGAAUGGGGUGGAGGAUUGA